AUGUUCUCCUCCAAGCACAAGAAGGAGCGCAAGGCCGACUUCACCAAAGCCAAGCUCAAGCUCGGCAAGGGCAAGGCCGUCGCACAGAACGCCACCAACACGUCGUUCGCCGCAAAGUCGAUCGCGCUCCCCUCGCAGUCGCUCGCCGCAACCUCGAAAGGCGCACCCGUCUCGCGCCGCAACCUCACCCUCCCCGAGCUCCUCGUCCACUCGCGCCACUACUCGGUCCCCGUCAAGCGCGAGGCCCUCCACGAGAUCGGCCAACUCGUCGAGCAGCACCCGUUCCUCCUCUCCCAGCACCUCCUCCCGCUCGUCACGUCCCUGUCGCACCUCGUCGGCGACCCGUCGGCCUCGGUGCGCGCCGCCGUGCGCACCCUCCUGUCGACCGUCGCCGAUCAGCUCCCGCACGCGAGCUUCGUCAGCGUCUCGCCCGCCGUCGUCCUCUUCACCCUCUCGGCCCUGUCGUCGCUCGACGACCCGGUCCGCAUCGACGCCCUCUCGACCCUCGACCUCCUCCUGUCGCACAUCCCCGCCGAGCUCACGCGCGGCUUUGACCCGUACCGCCCGACCGUCGACGUCGCCGAGGACGCCCCGACCGGCACCAAGGUCGUCGCCGCCCUCCUCGGCCUCCUCAAGAUCCGCUCGGCCGCGCUCGCCGCAGCGAGUGGAACUUUUACGGCGGCAAGCGCCGCGUCCGACCUGAGCCCGCCGGCCCGGCUCGCCGUCCUAAAGACGCUCGCGCGCUUCCUCGCCGCCGCCGAGCGUCGCGCCGACUCGGCAGCCGACGGGCCCGACGGCGGCGGCGGCGGCGGCGGCGGCGACGAGCCGUGGUUCCUCGCUGGCGCGUUCGACUCGCCCGAGGCGUACGCCGACUGGCUCGCCGGCGUCCAGCCCCGCCCCAGGGUGCGGGUCGUCCCCGUCGUGCCGGCGCCUGCGUCCGGGUCGGCGACGAGCGCCGCCGUCGAGCACUUUGACGCCGCGUUCAGCGCUCUCGGCGCAGAGCAAGGCGUCCUCGGGCCCGUCGGCCUGUUUGGGCUCCUGACGCCACCUGCGUCGCCCGCACCCACCGCGGCAGCCUCGACCUCGACCGCCGUCCCAGCAAACGCCAACGGCCAGCAGCAGCCGACCCUCCUCCAGCUCCUUCACCCGACCAUCCUCUCGUCCUUCCUCGACUCGGCGCCCACCGCGUUCGCGCCCUCGCUCGUCGCCGUCCAAGCCUCGGGCUCGAGCGCGACCCUCCACGCCGACACGGUGCACGCCGUCCUGAGCGUCUCGAGGGCCCUCUUUGCGCGAGAGCUCGGCGUCGCAGCCGGCUCGAGUGUCGGCGCGGGCGCAGCCGAGGGCGUGCAGGCGAGCGCGAGGGGCAAGCGGGACGCGCGCAAGAUGCUCCUCGCCCUCCUGGGCCACGCGGCGCCCUACUUCCCCUUUGGCGGCGACGCGCUCGUGUCGCCGGCUGCGUCCGGGUCGGCGGGCAGUCGUGCCGAGGCGGCCGCCAAGGAGGAGCGGUGGAUGGAGCUCAACCUCGCUUUCGCCGAGCUGAGCUCGCUGCUCGUCCUGUCGACGAGCGCGAGCGCGGCCGAGGAGAGGGGCCUGCGGGGCGGCGCCAAGGGCAAGGGCAAGGGCAAGGGCAAGAAGGCGGGCAAGGUGGCGGCGGCCGAGUCGUCGAGGGACAAGGUCGAGGACGUCGUGCUCGAGCGGGUUCAGGAGUGGGUCGUGCAGGCUCUGCGAGGCGAGCUCACCUCGCCGUCGCACCCGCUCGGUCUCGCUCUGCCCGCACGAGCCUUCUCGUCGCUUCGACCGACGCUGUGGUCCCUCCUCAACCAGCCGUCGGCCGCACAAGCCGGCGACGUCUUUGCGGCCAUCGUCGACUACUUUGCGCGAGCGAGUGCGGCUGGUGGCGGCGAGGCCAAGAAGGCGAGCGGCGAGUUUGUCGCGUGGGCCGUCCUCAUCCACUCGUGCCCGUCGUACCUCGCGCCAUUCAGCCUGUCGGCCCUCGCGUCGCAGCUUGCGGGCCUGUCGCCGCGAGAGCAGUCGGCAAACGCGCUCAGCAAGUGGCUUGCGCAGCUGCCGAGGUGGCUGUGGGAGCUCGGCACGCAGCGGGAGGCAGAGACCGAGAUGGUCGUCACGACGCUCCUCAAGCUCGUGCAGCAGGCGCCCAAAGGCCUCUUUCCUUCGACGACCCUCGUCGGCCUCGCACCGACGCUCGGCCCUUUCUUCCACCUGUCGCACCCGUCUCGAGGGUCGAUGCCCGGACCUUUUACCAAGCUGUCGCCGAGCGUGCAGGCGCGUGCGCUCGACCUCGCGGCGUUGCUCGUUGGGCUCGACGGCGUUGACGGCGAGGCGACCAAGCCGUUGCGCGGGGCAGUCGGGCGAGCGGUGCGGACCAAGGGCGUCGAGGAAGGGGUGCGGAUCAGGUGGCAGGGACUCGGGCUGUAGAGCGGCUCGGAACGGACGAUGCUCGAGUGGGCGGAUUGCUUGUGAUUGCCGUGCCGCGAGCGAGGGAGGGAGGCCAGGUCGCGCUUCCUUGUGGUCAUCGGUGGUCGGAUCAGACGUGUGUGCAACAUGGCAGCCUGCAAGCCCUUCCC